CACCCAUUGACCGUACGCGUGUCUUGAGCAGCCUCAGGUCUGAUCUCGGCGUCCUACAUCGAGUCUCCAGACCACCCUAGUCACGAGUCUAGUCAUCGAUGACGUAUAUGUUCAAACUCGGACUCAGGUACUAUCAGGGCGAGGCGGCGAGACCUAGUUCCGACGGUCUUUCCAGGGAAUCAAGAUAGAAGUACUGAUUUAUUUCAGUUCAGACUGACUGGGACUCUGUUGUCGCACGAUGGCUGUUCCUACUGCGUUUAUAUCCAACAAAAUCAUAGCUCCCUGGUAACACAAUCAUGGUUUCUCCGAUUCCAGCUGGCAAUGCUCAGCCACACAUGGAGACAAGCACACGUACCCCUCUGAAUCAUUUCAACGCACUCACAACUGCAUGCAUCCUUCUCGAACACAUACAAACUCUCGAGCGACUCCGUGACGAGACACAACACCGCGUGGAAGCUAAAAGACAGAGGCUGCACUUUCUCGAGGCGUUCACUCCGAAUCGGAGGCUUCGAGAUGCUUUAUCGGAGUCCAUCGUCAUACAGCAACACAUGCGCGACACCCCCACCCCCACACGCAGCAGUCAUUUCCCGUCACCUCGCCUUCGCGGGCUAUACGACGUUCAUGGUCCCGGAUGCAUCAACCAGGACUCUCUACAAACCACAGCUGACUUCUCCCCGCUGAGUCUCGUCGGUCUUUCGAUCUACGGGAGCGAUCAUGAAGUAGUUUUCGAACAUGACGACGAUGAAGCUUUGUUAUGUACAUCUGCCGAUGAAGCUGUCGAGGAUUAUGCGGAAAGCAGAGAUGGCUCCAAAGAAUACUCUGAUCAGCUCAACUUCCUCACCUCUCCUUUCCAGCUUGUUCCUUCCUCGUCCGGGAUUACCCUCAAAGCCCAAGAACCUGAUCGGGUUUCUCCACCAAGGCAAGCAUCGCACAGGUACCGAUCUAUCGCUCACGGAAAGAAGUCUCUAUCUGGAGUGAAGGGCCAAGGGCUCAUACGCCGUGGAUCUUCUAAACGCACCAGCGCCGGACAAUCCAGGGCAAAGAGGGCUUUACGCAGGAUUUUACACCAUAAGAAAUCAGGCGUGGACGCCAUCAAAUUUCAGAUGUAGGUAUUCUGUCAUGACUUGAAUGUUUCUUCAUAAGUUCUCCUGCGUAUCUUUGGCGUAUCGUAGUGCUUGUCUGCAUCCAAAUAUCAUG